AGUUGUGCUCAACUGUUUUCUUUCGCGUGAAUGUAGCUGUCAAGUAGACACUUCAAAUGUUCAUCUGUCACCAUUGGUUAUGUUGUGAUUCUCCUCGGGAACAUGCCGUCUUACGAGUUAGCUUUGGUUUUACGCCAAAUGGCGAGGCCCGAACUUGUUUCCACCCUGAAACGAACGGCUGAGUCAAUUCUCGACAAAGGCGGCAUAAUUCGGAAGAUUGAAAACAUGGGGCAGCAGAACCUUCCUUAUAAGAUCAGUGUGCAUGGUCAAGUCCACAAAGUAGGCAACAUGUUUACCAUUGAAUUUGAUUCAGCCCCAACGCAAAUUGAUGACUUGGCGGAAGAAUACAGUCGCGAUAUUGAUAUUAUUCGGAAGAACAUUUUCAAAGUUGAGCAACCGCCUGAAAUCAAAUGCACCCUUCAUGAGGAAUUGCUGCCUCCAGCGUAUAGAAAGGAAGUCCAAGAAAUGGUUAGGAUUGGUCAAAAGAAGCAGAAGAAGAAAUUCAAUUAUAAUUCGGGAUUGGACUAUUAUCCUUUCCAAAAGUAGAAAGUUGUUUUAGUGAAUAAUGGAUGUGUAGACAUAAAUAAUUCAA